UCCAACCGCCCCCAAAACCCCUCCGGAGACCCCCCCAGCGACCCCCGCCUGCAGAGACCCCCCCGUCCCUCCGACCCCCGGCUCCGGGACCCCCGGCUGGCCCGGAAUUGCGAGCCCCCCGCUCUGGAUCAUCCCUCGGAUCCUCGGCUGGCUCGGCACGGCGCCGGCGGCGCCCAGAAAGCGGCGGAGGAUGAGGAUGGAGAGCGGAUGCUGCGGGAUAAAGCCCUGAGCAUCCCCCUGGACGCCGUUCCCGGAUAUUCCCAGCGGGAUCCGCGCUCGCAGCUCCAGCAGUUUUCCCACAUCCGCAAGGACGUGGUGUUGGUCCGGCCUCCCUUCGCUCGCUCCGUGCUCUGGAGCCCCGAGGAUCUCAUCCCGCUCCCCGUUCCCAAGCAGGAUCCCCUUCCUGUUGUCCUUCCUCCUCCUCCUCCUCCUCCUCCUCACGACCCUCGGCUUCUCCGGCCGCCCUCGGAUCCUCGGACGCCUCGUGCGGCUUCAUCCGAAUCCUCCUCAUCCUCCUCAUCCUCCUCCUCAUCCUCCUCGGCUCUUCCCGACUUCGAGCUCCUCUCCCGCAUCCUCAAGAGCGUCGCGUCCUCCUCGUCCGGGGACAAACCCAGCGACCCCCGCGUGCGCAAAGACCCCCGGCUCCAGAAACCCCCGGAAUGCGGCGACCCCCGGCUCCAGAAACCCCCGGAAUGCGGCGACCCCCGGCUCCAGAAACCCCCGGAAUGCGGCGAUUCCCAAUCCGAUCCCGGCCCGGCCAUCGCUCCCUACGACCCUCGGCUGAGCUGGGGAGGCUCCGGCCAGAGCAGCGUCCUGAGCGCCAUCAGCCUUUACGACCCUCGGACUUGCAGCUCAUCCAAAGAACCCCAAAACGAUGGGAAUUCAUCCCAAAAAAAUCCCGGGGAUGGGGGGAAAAAAUUCCCCAAGGAUCCGCCGCCCUUCGUGCGGCGCUCGGCGUUGGAACAGGCGGAGGAGAAAGGGGAGAGCUCGGACAGGUACAACAGCUACAACCGGCCACGAGGAGCC